AUGAUAAAAACUAGGGUUAUCACUACCUUUAUUCUUUUCGCGUUCAUUUUUACCUAUUUACAAGCAACUGCUCUUCAUGUUCCUCGUGCAUUUACAAUUGAAUCAUCAGAACUCGGAUUUGUUCUCAAUAUUGAUGGAGAAAUCAAGAAAGGCAUUGGAGAAAAUACACCAGAUAAUUACUUUAUAGGGUUUUCUGAGCUUGUUGAGGCUAAAAUAUCUUUCUCCAAUCUUGGUCUGGCUAUUGAGCCACCUAAAGCCGGUCCAUUGAGUAGAAAACUCCCUGGCGCCAUUGGAAUUCUUAAUUUAAUAGUUAAUCAUAACCUUACUAUUUUCAAAGGUGAUGAAGCUCUUGAUACAGGGAAAAUUGUUGAAGCAUAA